AUAUAGUAUUUCAAUGGAUAUAAUCCAUUUAUAAAUCUAAAAAAUACUCAGGUUGCAUGUCACCGUAUCGCAUAAGGUGUCCAGUCUAUUUACCUCUUCAGUUAACAGUAUUUCUAAAGAUGGCGAAGUAAUGAAAUACCUGUCCAAUCUUGUUAUUGACUGAGUAAAUGUUGUUUUCAAAGAUUUCCAUAGACUGUCUUUAUGUAGAUUGAAUUUGUUUCAUGAUGGGCGAGUAUCAACGUGAAACGUGGAACUUUGGCUGGGCUAGUGAAGACAAGCAAUAAAGUCUGACAAGUUUCUGGGUUGGCCACGAUUACUUGUUGGUUAAUAGAAAGGUAAAGGGAACUCGGAAUACUUAAUUAACAAAACAAUAUGCCAUCAAGAAGGAACAAAGGUGGCCUUUUGGCUAAGGUGAAUUUCCCUCUGUACACUCUGCAAAUGCUCACCAGCAGACACGUCCUCGUUGGCGGAGGUGGUGGAUCUUCAAAAACUGGAGUUGCUAAUGGAUUCGAAAUAUUUGAGCUAUCACACGAUGGUGCACAAUUUGUGGCUGAGGAAGUCACUCGGCAUGAGACAGGUCCUAGUGUCGUAAUGAACUGUACUGCAUAUAAUGAUGGAAAGAGAACUUGGAUUGUUGCUGGUCAAGAAAGUCAUUGCCAAUUGUAUAAUGUUAAUACAAAAAUAAUUACUGUGGGAAAUGGUGAAAUACUUAAACCUGCCGGUAUCACCAGUAAGGAUGAAAUAAGACAAAGAAGAAAGAGUGAGAGAAGUGGUGUUGGCGAUGCUCCUGUAAAAAAUGAGAGGAUAGAAGAAAUUAAGGACAACAAUUCUAAUGUUAAACACAAGAGACUCCAACUUCUUGUCAAGCCUGCAGACAGUAUACAAACGGAUUUUGGCGAGGGUGAAUCCCUCCAGCGUAUUGUAAGAGUAAGUCCUGAUGGUAAAUUCAUGGCCACGGGUGGCACAGAUGGUCAUGUCCGUUUGUGGAAAUUCCCACAGUUCAUUAAAGUUCAUGACGUAGAAGCACACGUCAAGGAAAUUGAUGAUAUAGACUUUAGUCCCAAGGGUGAUCUUCUUGUUACCAUAGCCAAGGAUGGGAAGGCCAUUAUCUGGGACGUGGCCUCUGGUAAAAAAAGAAAAGAGCUUACAUGGACACCACCGAUAGAAGGUGCUAAGUACAUGUACAAAAGGUGUCGCUUUAGGAAUUGUGAGGAUAACUCUUCUAAGUUACAAUUAUUCAUAUUAUCCAAUGCUACCAAUGGCAAGAAUCCAAGUUUCCUCCAGCUGUGGGACGUUGAUCAAGGAACAAUCCUCAAAUCUGUUGCGUACAAGGAGACUCUAUCAGCCUUGGCAGUCUCAGACAAUGGUAGAUUUGUUGCAGUGGGCACAAUGUUUUCUGGAAGUGUAGACAUUUUCAUAGCCUUCAGUUUACAAAGGGCACUGCACGUACCUGGUGCACAUUGCAUGUUUGUCACCGGUAUAGAAUUCUUGCCAACAAAAUUAGAUGGUCCCGCUAUAACCAGUAACUCGGAAGCUGCUGUAGUGAGCAUCUCCGUGGACAAUAGAAUCUGCGUUCACAGUAUACCAUAUAGGCAUACCCUACCCUUUUGGCUGGUGAUAAUUCUGAUCAUCCUGAGUAUCUGCAGUGCAUUCAUAGUUUGCAGUUAUCUCGGUAUUUGACCCGAGAAACGUAUCGCUAUGAUACCAAAUCAAUACGCUACUUCUAGUAUGUACCAAUGUAUUAUCUAGGAAAGCGUAGUCUCGUGAUUGAGACAGAAGAAAUCGCUCGACUUCCUUAUAAAUAGGAAGUAUAGUUAGUCCACAAGUUCUAUGUAUUUUCGACAGAUCGAAAACAAUGAAGCCGCACGUGGUUAACCAUAAAAUCACAGACAUAUAUAAAAAAAAUAUAUCUUUCAGUGCAAAAUAAUGCAUCUACAUACUUUCUGGUAUAGAUUUUAUGAAAAUCCAUUUCAUAGAAGAUUUCAUAGUUUUCAACCUGUCAAAAAAGCACAUUAAACUCGUAGACGAACUAUGCAGUGACGUCGUACCGAAUGUGAUUGAUAGGAAGAUACAAUGCAUUUAUUUUAGUGACGUAAAAACUUCAAUGUUCCAUAUUUCUAAAAUUGUCACACACACAUAUGGUUAGAUGGUCUACGCAAGGAUAGAAUAGGACGUUCACGGUGCUCCUGUUCUCCGUGACAACAGUAAUUUAAGAUCUGAAUUAUGAUAAUUUAAUGUGGGUGAAACAAAGUGAGUUUUUAAUUCAUUAUCUUUUAUCGGAUUCAUUAGGCAAUUGUGCAUAUUAUUCGUUUCGCAUAAUUGCGAUAAUAAUUUAUUGGUACUUCAAAUUGACGAUGGUCCAGAUACGUACGUGUUACGUCUUAAACGUACAAAAUAAAAGAUUCGAUUAGGAGAAAAUAAAAUUUACGAGGAGAA